AAGUCUCGCUUCAGACACACACAGAGAGACACGCACACAAUCAGGAGAGAGAAACUAGAGUGAGAAACUAGAGAGAGAAAGACACGCGCAGAGCUUGCGUUGGUUGCUCUUCUUUUUCUUCUUCUUCCUUCUGGUUGGUUGGUUCAUGCACUGGCUUAGUUGAAGAACCAGAGAAAUUGUUUGAAUCGGCGAAAUUUUUGUGGUUUUUGAGGUUGUUAGGGUUUCAGUUGAGUUUAGAGAGAGAAAGAGGAGAGCGAGUGGGUUUCUGUGGUGGAUUUUGGUGGUUUUGAGCUCGGAAUUGGCUGAGGAGGGGCUUCCCAUGAGAGAUCUGUGCUGAAAUGGUGAUGGUGUCGACGUCGGAGAUUUCGGUGAAGGGAAAUUCAGGAAACCCCAGGGGAGGAGAGAGAGAGAGCUUCUCUUCCUCCGGUUUCGCCGACCAGAACGACGGUAGAAAGUCCGCGAAAGAUGCUGAUGAUGUUGCGCUCUACAAGGAGCUUUGGCACGCCUGCGCUGGGCCUCUGGUGACCGUACCCCGUGAAAACGAGCGCGUCUUCUACUUCCCUCAGGGACACAUCGAGCAGGUGGAGGCAUCGACUAAUCAGGUGGCAGAACAACAGAUGCCAGUAUAUGAUCUCCCGUCUAAGAUCCUUUGCCGGGUGAUGAAUGUAGAGUUGAAGGCUGAGCCAGAUACAGACGAGGUAUUUGCACAAAUCAUUUUGCUACCUGAGCAACAGCAAGAUGAGAAUGCUGUGGAGAAGGGAUCUCCUCCGCCCUCGCCUCCACGAAUUCAAGUGCACUCAUUUUGUAAGACACUUACUGCUUCAGAUACGAGCACUCAUGGUGGAUUUUCGGUGCUUAGGCGACACGCAGACGAGUGUCUUCCCCCACUGGACAUGUCUCGGCAGCCUCCAACUCAGGAGCUUGUGGCCAAGGAUUUACACGGAAAUGAAUGGCGCUUUCGGCACAUAUUCCGAGGUCAACCUCGGAGGCACUUGCUACAAAGUGGUUGGAGUGUUUUUGUUAGUUCCAAGAGGCUCGUUGCAGGGGAUGCCUUCAUAUUUCUCAGGGGCGAGAAUGGGGAGCUUCGAGUUGGUGUUAGACGAGCAAUGAGAAAGCAAGAUAAUGUUCCCUCGUCUGUCAUAUCUAGUCAUAGCAUGCAUCUUGGCGUUCUUGCAACUGCCUGGCAUGCUAUCUCAACAGGAACCAUGUUCACAGUGUACUACAAGCCAAGGACAAGCCCUGCUGAGUUUAUUGUUCCAUUUGAUCAGUACAUGGAGUCUGUCAAGAAUAACUAUUCUAUUGGAAUGAGGUUCAAAAUGAAAUUUGAAGGGGAAGAAGCGCCAGAGCAAAGGUUUACUGGCACCAUAAUUGGUGUUGAAGAUGCCGACCCCAAAAGAUGGACAGAUUCUAAAUGGAGAUGCCUGAAGGUGAGAUGGGACGAAACUUCUACAAUACCGCGUCCAGACAGAGUUUCACCUUGGAAAAUAGAACCUGCGCUUGCUCCUCCUGCACUAAAUCCUCUUCCUGUGCCAAGAUCAAAGAGGCCUCGGUCAAACAUUGUGCCCUUGUCUCCGGACUCAUCUGUUCUAACUAGAGAAGGUUCAUUAAAAGUAACUGUAGACCCUUCACUGCCAAGUGCAUUUUCAAGGGUCUUGCAAGGUCAAGAAUACUCGACCUUGAGAGGAAAUUUUGCAGAAAGCAAUGAAUUGGAUGCUGCUGAAAAGUCCGUUAUGUGGCCACCUUCUCUUGAUGAUGAGAAGAUUGAUGUGGUCUCUGCUUCUUCAAGAAGAUAUAGGUCUGAGAAUUGGGUUGCGUCUGGGAGGCAUGAACCGACUUACACAGAUUUACUAUCGGGUUUUGGGGCCACUGUUGAUUCCUCCCGUGGCAUUGGUUCACCCUGCACUGAUCAAUCUGUUGUACCUGUUAAUUCAAUGAGAAAACAAGACCAGGAUGGCAGGUUCAACUUGCAUAGUAGCCCCCGGUCAAUGUUGCCGUUGCCUUCACCUCUAUCGCUUGGCUUGGACACUAAUUUGAAGGGUUCUGUUCAAAGUGGUACUAUAUCAUACCAAGCACAGGGAAGAUAUGUUGGAUUUGAUGACUAUCCUAUUCUGCAUGGUCAUAGGGUUGAGCACCCACACGGAAACUGGUUUAUGCCGCCACCAUCCUCUCCUCAUUUGGAGAAUCUUGCCCAUUCAAAAGAGUUGAUCUCAAAACCUGUAUUGGGACAAAAAAAUGAGGCUGUUAAACCUAAAGAAGGAAACUGCAAGCUCUUUGGUUAUUCUCUUAUCAGAGCAGAGCCAGCAGUAUCGCAUACAAGCGUAGUGGACAAGUCGACUGGGCAGAGGAACCUCGUGUCAAGCCAAGCUCAGAAAUUUGAGUUUGCUCAGAAGUCAGAACAGGCAGGGGGUUCAAAAUCAGCUGAUAACCCAGUACCCAUGAAUGACCAGGAGAAACCACUACAAACUAGUCAGCAACAUUUCAGGGAGGGUCAAGGAAAAGCGCAGAGUGGUUCAACUAGGAGUUGUACUAAGGUUCACAAGCAGGGGAUUGCACUAGGUAGAUCUGUAGAUCUUACAAAGUUCAACAAGUAUGAUGAACUGGUAGCUGAGUUGGACCGGCUAUUUGAAUUCGGUGGUGAACUAAUGGCCCCCAAGAAGAAUUGGUUAAUUGUGUACACUGAUGAUGAGGGCGAUAUGAUGCUUGUCGGAGAUGAUCCAUGGCAGGAAUUUUGUUGCAUGGUUCGAAAGAUUUUCAUUUACACCCGAGAAGAGGUCCAGAAGAUGAGCCCAGGGACCCUAAAUUCACACGGGGAAGGAAAUCAAGUGAGUGUUGAGGUUAUGGAUGCCAAAGAGAAGCCUCAGACGCUUCCUUUGUCAUCUAUUCCUGCGAACUGUUAGCUCCAGCUCUCAAGAUAUUAGGUAUAAGCGAGGGUUUAUGGUGCCAAAAUAAUAGGAACUGCUAUUGAGCUAUAUAUCUAGUUUGGAUUGUGAACUAACCAAGUUGGAUGUGAGCCUCUUUCGGUAUACAAGUUAAGCUCUUUAGAAAGUCAGAAAUGGAUGGCAGACGUGGUAUGACACAUAUAAAUCCAGUUUUUGACAUGUACUGGAGUUAGUAUUUUGCAAUGUCCUGUUAUAUACAUAAAUAUGUAUACGAUUGAGUAAGGCGACGUGGCCGUGCUAUUCUCGUAACGAUUCUCUACCAUGUACAUAGUUUUCCCUCCUCUUUUCCUUUUCCCAACCGUUUAAUGUAAGUAAAGCAAGGCUUAUACACUCGAAGUGUUUUCAAUUUGGGAGGGCUAGGAAUGAGAUGUUCGUUUUACUCUUUGCAAAGUCAUAAGCUGUUGUGGGGUUUGCAGUUGUAUUAUUAUUUUGCAGGUUUUACAAGUAGAGUAGUAAAACAUAAAAAAGAGGGCACACGGUAAUACUAGAUGUUAGUUACAUAUUUGAAAUAUAACUUUUUAUUCUUUUGUGCAGA